AAAAAUUUUGCUCAUUCCGCUGAAAUUAGUGAUGAUUUUAAUGUUUACAUUUCUGGUUUAUAUAAGUCUAGCAUGACACGGCACGGUUACGAAGUACAUAACCUCGAACACGUAAUAAUACCCAUUUUAAUCAGAACUGAUUGUGCGUAUUCAUACUUCAUUCAUUCUGUAGUCGUUACUCGUCUUGUAUACAUAUCAGAAUUCGGGUGUUUCAAAACUGUUAAUAUUUGACGUAAGAUGCCUGACAAGAUAGAUAUAGUCGUUUUUGGGGCUACAGGUGUUACUGGCAAGCAUGUAAUUCCAUACCUUGCAAAAUUUUGUAAAAAAGAACAUAGGCACCUAACUUGGGGAAUUGCUGGACGCUCAGAAAAGAAAUUGAGAGAGAUCCUAAAUUAUUGUGAGAAAAAAACUGAUUAUGUACUGCAGAAUGUACCCAUACUUAUCGCUGACAUACAAAAUGAAAAUAGUCUGCAGAAAAUGGCCCGACAAGCACGUGUUAUAAUUAAUUGCUGUGGACCCUUUCGAUUUUUUGGAGAACCUGUGAUUAAAGCAUGUGUAGAAGAAGGCACGCAUCAUGUAGAUGUAAGUGGAGAAGUCCAGUUUAUGGAGGAAAUGCAACUAAAGUACCAUAAAAGAGCUGAAGAAAAGGGUGUUUACAUUAUUAGUGCUUGUGGAUUUGAUAGUAUACCCGGUGAUAUGGGCAUUGUCUUCACGCAGCAAAACUUUUCAGGGACUUUAAAUUCAGUUGAAGCAUAUUUAGAGUUUUGGGAAGACAGAAACCCUGGUUCAGGCUCAGCAGUUAAUUAUGGCACCUGGGAAUCGAUAGUGUACGUCAUUGGAUUAGCUAACGAACUGAAGAAAAUUCGUCAGAAAUUAUUUCCUAAUAAAUUACCAAGUUUUCAACCGAAACUGAAAAUGAAGUUACUUCCACGAAAAACUGACAUUGUAAAAGGAUGGGUAGUACCUUUUCGCACCACAGACCGUUCUGCUGUAUAUAGAACUCAACGUUACUUCUAUGAGAGAAAUUCAAGACGGCCGAUUCAAAUGGAUUCUUAUUUCGCUGUAAAAUCUUUUUUAACUUUGCUAGUAAUGAUUUUUGGUGGUCUUAUGGUCCUGGUAAUGAGCAAAUUUUCCUUUGGACGUAAAUUGCUGUUGAAGUAUCCUGAAAAGUUUACUAACGGAUUUAUCACACAUGAACCUCCAAGCAUUGAAAGAUCAGACAAAGGACACUUCAGCAUGACUUUUUAUGGAGAAGGAUGGAAAGAGAAUCUACCAGAUGCCAAUCAUCAAUACACAAGCCCACCCAAUAGAGCGAUUACCACCAGGGUAAAGGGGAACAAUCCAGCAUAUGGAACUACAUGUAUAUGUUUAGCACUGUCGGCUAUAACAAUAAUCACGGAAACUACCAAAAUGCCUAGAAGUGGAGGUGUUUAUCCACCGGGAUAUGCCUUUGCCAAUACCUCUUUAGUUAAACACCUAAAUGCAAAUGGUGUAACUUUUGAAAUUCUACGUGAAACAGAAUUGAAAUGAACAUAGUUAAGCUGCUACAAGAUACAAAAUUGUGUGUUAUGUUAAUAAAAAAUUUUGUUAAAUGGUA